UUGGCGGAUAAUUUAAUACUUAUCGUUACAUCACACUGAAACCACGGCCGUUUGCCCAUGAUCAGUUCCUUCCGUACGACCUAAGGCGCGGCGAGACAAUAUCUUCCCGUCUGCCACGCCAACACUUCACAUCAACUGCUCUUGGCGAUCGCUACAUUAAUUUGCCGGUAUAUAGUAUCACUAUUAUACAAAUUUAAACAGUACAUUUAUUAUAGAAUAGCAUUUUAUUAUAAUACAAUUAAAUUAUUAAAGUUAGUCUUGUCAGAAAUGUUUGACAAAUUGAAUAUAAACAAAAACCUGUUGUUCAUAAAAAUGAGUUUUUUUUUCUACGAUUGUGGAAUCGCACCGAUAAAUCCAUUUUUACCGACUAUAGCCAAACAGCGAGGAAUACCUGUACUAGUUAUAGGUAUAAUCCUUACGUUUAUGCCUAUUUUCAAUAUAAUCGCAAGACCAAUAACUGGAUACAUUACCGACCGUUGGCGUUGUCGCAAACAAGUAUUUUUGGGUGCUUCGCUGUUGAACGCAUUUGUUAUAAUGCUCAUACACUUCACGCCCGACUUUAAAGAAUAUGGAUUCACUGAAAACUUGGACAUCAUGACCCAUUGGAAAUUUUGGAUUUUCUUGGUCACAAUUACAACGAGGGCGUUGCUUUGGAUGAUUGGAGACGUUCUCCAAGACACAAUCUGUUUGGAACUCUUGGGUGACGACAUAAAGAGUUACGGGAGACAGCGGGUCUGGGGAGCUGUUGGUUGGGGAAUGUCUACACUUUUGGUUGGCGCAUGCGUGGAUUGGUACAGCGAAGACCCAGUGCACAAAAACUACUUGCCAGUGUAUGUGAUCUCUAUGAUAUUCCUAAUCUGUCAUUUUAUUGUUGCAUCUCAGCUAGAGAGCAACCAAACUCAUCCAUCCAAAAACAUGUCUAAGGAUGUUAUAAAAAUUUUAUCUGACGUUAAAGUCUGUGCAUACCUUGUGUGGGCAGUGUUUACCGGUAUUUUCGCAGCAUUCAUUUGGUUUUAUUUAUUUCUGUACAUUGAAGACUUAGCACACAAUUAUCAUCCAGAACGAUUACCAUGGAUCAAAACUAUACAAGGUUUCUCGGUGACAGUAGAAUGUUGUUUAGGGGAAAUUCCUUUUUAUGUUAUGUCAGGAUACAUACUGAAAAAAAUUGGACACAUGACGGCUUUCUCGGUAUCGUUCGCAAUAUUUGCAAUGAGAUUUUUCCUCUAUUCGAUCAUCAAAGAUCCGUUGUGGGUAUUGCCGGUCGAACUAUCCAAUGGUAUAUCGUUCACCUUGGCCUUUAUUUCUGGCAUUUCAUACGCCGCCGAAAUAGCACCGAGUGGCAGCGCAGGCACUCUCCAAGGCCUAUUUGGCAUGGCUUUUCACGGAAUAGGUAUAUCAUUUGGUUCGUUUAUGGCGGGUUACUCGUUCGAACAGAUAGGAAGCUCGGCUUCUUUCCGGCUAUUAAGUUACGUGGCAUUUUCCGUGUUUCUAAUUCAAGUAUCCGUCAACCAACUUAUAGUGCGAACGAGUAGACCCAGAGAAAAUGAAACCACGGACGAGAAUACAACAAAAGAAAUCGCCUCCACCUCUCCCUAAAAACUUAUUUGACUCUAGUGCCACGAA